CCGGUGUUUUCUGGUGAGAAUUCUUUGUUUUCUUCUCGCAGAAUCUGAACCAUGGAAUCUGUCUUGUCUCUCGCUCUACUGUGCGCAUGCGCCCUUGUAUGUUCCGGUGCUGUUUACGACCGGUAUCCAUCCUACGGCCAGUACCCGGAUGUACAGUACAAGGAUCAAUAUGUCCUAAACAACUACCCUAGCAACCAUUAUCCUACUGAUGUGUGGGGAGGACGUUCUCAAGGACAUUAUAGAAGGUACCGACGAUCUGUGCCAUCCUAUGGAAAUGGAUACCCGAGUUACAGACAGACCUACCCGUCUAAUGACUACCCUACCUAUCCCGCACACCAACCUUCCUACCCAUCAAAACACAUCCCGUCCUACCCUGAUCACGUGAACACCUACCCUGGACAUCAAGACACCUACCAACAAGGUCACCGACAGGACCAGUGGGGACACAAGUCAGGCAACCAGAAAUAUGAUUCUUACCGGGGAUGAAGACAUAAAUGAAACGAAUAAGUCAUCCAUCAUAUCCAGGCGUGAAAUCCUCACUACAUAAUCUGCUAUGUACAAGUCUUUCAAAUAAAUAAA